AGCACAAGGCAAAGGAGCAUAUGGCAGUAGCUGGAGAGAGAAAAUAUGGUGGAGAUUACAUGGAUGACUUACGAUUCUAUUGCUUUUGGUUCUUGGUUGUUAUAGCCAAAGCCUAUGAGUGUUGGCAUGACCAUCGUCCCCAACAUUUUGCAUAUAAAGCCCUUGGAGUAGCAAAGGAGAUAACUAUGUUGGUGUCAUGCAAUUGUUAUAGCAAUGGUAAUGGUGGUGGUCUUAUAGUGAUGGUGAUUAUGAGGCUUCGAUGGUAG